AUGCAAACUAAGGUACUUCAUCGAAACUUAAAGACUGAGCCAGCAUUGGCUGCAAGAUCAGAGGGAUCUUACAUCUAUCUCAAGGAUGGAUCUAAAGUUUUAGAUGCCGUGGGUGGCGCUGCUGUUACUGCCGUUGGGCAUUCGAACCAGGUUGUAAUUGAUGCUGUUGCUGAACAGCUCAAAUCAUUGCAAUUUGCUCAUACAUCUAUUUUUACUUCAGAUGCUGGCGAAAAGUUAGCUCAGAUCAUGCUAGACAAUCCAAAAUAUGAAAAGAUUGGAUUAGACAAAGUCUGCUUUUAUAAUUCUGGAUCGGAGGCCAAUGAAUCUGCCUGCAAACUUGCGAGACAGUAUGCUGUGGAAAUAGGCCAACCAGAAAGGGUGAAAAUCAUUUCCAGAGAUAGAUCUUACCAUGGAAAUACGCUUGGAACAAUGUCAAUGAGCGGGCACAAGUACAGAAAUAAGGAUUAUGAGGACAUGUUCGAUAAGUCCACGUUUCAUAAGGUCGGUACUCCUUUCAGCUUUCACUACAAAGGUAAGAAUGAAAGCGAAGAACAGUACUGUGCUCGGUUGAUUAAGGAGCUUGACGAUAAAUUUCAAGAGAUUGGUCCCGACAGUGUUUUAGCCUUUAUUGCAGAAACCAUGAGUGGAGGGUCAUGUGGCUGUGUCAUGCCACCUAAGGGCUACUUUGAAGGGGUAAAAGAAGUCUGUGAAAAGUAUGGUGCUUUGUUGAUAAUGGAUGAGGUUAUGUGUGGCUCUGGAAGAUUGGGUUCUUUUUUCGCUUGGGAGCAAUUGACUGAUGAAGAUAACUGGAGCAGAGUUGUCCCGCAUAUUUCGACCUUUGGAAAGUCAAUUGGAAGUGGUAUUCUUCCCUUAUCUGGUAUUGUAGUUCAAAAAAACAUAGUCGAGGGCCUCGAAAAUGGAAGUGGUUCCUUUAUGAGUCGCCAUACUUAUCAGGGCCAUCCUAUGUCAUGUGCAGCAGGUUAUGCUGUACAGAAAUAUAUCAAAGAUAAUAAUCUUUACAAAAACAUCAAUGAAAUGGCGAAUAAACUUGAAAAGAGCUUGAAAGAUAAUAUAGGAGACUCUAAUAUCGCAGCUGAUAUUAGAGGUAAAGGUAUGUUUUGGUGUAUUGAGUUCAUGAAAGAUAAGGCCUCGGGGACUCCUUUUGAUCCAGAAUUGGGAUUUUGUGACAAGCUUGCUGCUAUAUGUAUGAAGAACGGUCUCAUAGUGAUGCCAUGUCAUGGAACUAUCGAUGGAAUCAAUGGAGAUCACAUUUUGUUAGCACCGAAUUACAAUGUUGAUGAUAAAACUAUCGACGAUAUAGUAUCAAAGUUGAAGCUUUCGUUAUGUGAAGCGGAAAAAAUUUUUGUAUAA